UGGUGAGUUCACAUGUUCCAGUCAGUUAAGGUACCUCAAGCCAGCCAACGCUGGAUUUAAUUUAGCUGGAAGUAGCCAAGCAGAACCUAUCUGAAAAAAAAAAAAAUAAAUAAAUCACUGGGUUCCUGAGGACGUUCACCCAAGAAAACGUCAGUAUUGCAUACCUACUGACCUGCUUCGUUUCCCCGGUUUCUCCUGGUCUGGCACAGGCAUCCACCUUUGCAGGCAAAAUGGCUUACUACGGUCUGCAAAUAGCCGGACUGAUCCUGGGAGGCGUCGGCAUGGUGGGGACGGUGGCCGUCACUGUCAUGCCCCAGUGGAGAGUCUCCGCUUUCAUUGGAAGCAAUAUUGUGGUUUUUGAAAACCUCUGGGAAGGCCUGUGGAUGAACUGCAUGAGGCACGCCAACAUCAGGAUGCAGUGCAAAAUCUACGACUCUCUGCUGGCUCUCUCUCCGGACCUCCAGGCCUCCAGGGGACUGAUGUGUGCAGCUUCCGUGAUGGCGUUCCUGGCUUUCAUGACUGCCAUCCUUGGAAUGAAAUGUGUCAUAUGCACUGGGAACAACGAACAAGUCAAGGGCUAUAUUCUGCUGACGGCCGGAAUCAUCUUCAUCCUCACGGGCAUCGUCGUCCUGAUCCCGGUGUGCUGGGUGGCCCAUGCCAUCAUCAGAGACUUCUACAACCCCAUAGUGAAUUCGGCUCAGAAAAGAGAACUGGGAGAAGCCCUCUAUAUAGGCUGGACCACGGCGCUGGUCCUCAUUGCCGGAGGGACGAUAUUCUGCUGUGUUUUUUGUUGCAAGGAGAAAGACAAUAAUUACAGAUAUUCGAUACCAUCGUAUCACACAACCCACAAAAGUUAUCACUCGGGGAGGAAAUCGCCAAGUGUGUACUCCAAAAGUCAGUACGUCUAAUUACUUAUGAGUUUGUUUGGUUUCACCCCUCGGUUGCUGGGAAAUGGAGAAGAUUUUCUACUCUGAAGCUUAAAUGGAAUCAAAAGGAAAAUUGAUUUAUCCUUCUUUACUACUCAACAUUAAUUUUGCAAGCCGUGCAUUAUCCAGUCUUUGUUAGCCCAGUGGUGAUUUACUACAGUAAGUUAUUUUGAAGUAGGAGGCAGUAGACAUGCUCUUGAACUCUUUUUAGGAAGUCCAGUGGCUUGUUUUUCAAAAAGCUUAAAGUGUACAGUUAUUUCAGCUAUUAUUUGUUCAAGAUUAGAUUGUAUUUUGGUUCUGAUUUAAUUAUGAUGUAGUAUUUUAUGAGUGAAUAUAAAAUAGAGGGUAAGAUUGAAGUUCUGAAUGACAAUAUAAUGUUUUAUGAGUAUGUGAGUCUUACAAAUCUCAUAUAAGUAGAAAAUUCUGUUAUUGUUCUAUUGAAAAUAAAAUAUUAAUUUAUCA